ACUCGCUUACUGUAUACUGCAAUAAGUCUUACCUUCUACUUCCGUUCAUGACUGAUCACUUUAAGGACGUUUCAAGAGAUUUCAAAGACCGGGAUCAAAUUUUUUACGUCUGGAGUUCCGUUUCUCACAAUGAGUAGCGAAUUAGUGGAAUUCUCUUCAUAGUACUUCAAAUUGAAAGGAAUUCUAUGGGUCGAUAGACCUCUUAUCAUCACUGCUCAGAACUGAAGGCUGUUUAUCUAUAUCAUAUCAAGGUUAUCGGAACAGGCGAUGCUCCAAAAUUAGGUACUUAUCAUGCUUAAAUGGUCCAAGGAUAAAAAAGAUGAACAACCUACAGAUUGGCCUAAAUAUGCUGAACAUUUAGAACAUUGUGUUGACGAUGUACGACGUGUCGCAAGUGAUGUACACAGAGGUCUAGUGCAAAAUGUUCUCGUCAGUAAGAAAAAUAAAAAGUAUCCUGAGUAUGUACUGUCAACUAUUUUAAAAGAAUCCGUCGAUAAACCCAAUACAGAUGACCGACUUUUUGUUUGUGUCACUCGUGAAGCUAGUAAAGCUUUGUUAACUCUAUCUACAUAUCAUCGAGAUCAUGAGAAUAGAGUAGAACGUCAAAUUGUUGAACCAUUAAAUCGUCUAACUGAAGAAACAUGUGUUAACAUUACAAAAGGUCGACGUAAUUUACAAAAAUGUUUGACAGAUGUUCGUAAUGCACGUGGACAAUUACAAAAAACUAUGCAAUGUAUACAAACAAAUACAAAUUCAAGUUAUCCUGGUUCUUGUAAUCCAUCUGUGACAAUUGAUGCAGUCAAUCGAAUUAGUCAAGCUCAACAUCAAUUAGAAGAGAAAAAAAGUGAAUUAGAAUCUUCAAAAGAACAGUUACUUCGUGAUCUGUAUUCAUUCGCCGCUGAAGAAGAAAACUAUUCACGCCUUAUACUUAAGUACUUUGAAUUACAAGAAAAUUAUUUAUCGGAUAGUUUACAGUUGGUUCAAAAAGUGAUUUCCGAUAUAUCUCAAACUAUCAGACUACAGAAAUGUCUUACUACAUUUGGCCGACAUCUACCUGAUCAUUUAGCCGAGACUAAACGAUCUAUCGCCUAUGUCCUAGACGUAUGUAUUAAUUAUUUGAAUCAAGAAUCUAUCAUGCAAGAAGAGGGUCUUUUUCGAAAGUCUGGAUCCCAAAAACGGACAGACCUCUUAGUAAAAGCUUUAAAUAUCAUGCAAAUCGAUGAACAUUUACUUAGAAAAUGUGACUGUGCUGUUGUUGCUGCUGCUUUGAAACAAUAUUUGCUUAGUCUACCUGAACCAUUAAUCACUUAUGAUUUCGCUGAUCAAUGGGCUGCUGCUUCUAAAAAACCGAAUUCAGCAGAGGUUAAUCUGCAGUUAAUUCAUAGUUGCCUUGAAAAAAUGCCUAGGGAGUUUCGUUUAAAUUUAGGCUACUUAAUGUGCUUCUUGCAGAAAUUGUCUAGUCAAUCAGAUGUGAAUAAAAUGACUUCUGAUAAUUUAUCAAUAGUGAUUGCACCAAACGUGUAUAGACUUUCAUACUGUUCCAUGGGUACUGGUAAUAAUAUUGCCAAUGGCAGUUCAGUGCGACAAAUUGAAGAUUUAGGAAAGUCUUUAGAUUUCUUACAAAGCAAUGGUCCAGGAAUUCAUUUAGUAGAUAUUCUUAUCCAAAAUGCAGAACAGUUAUUUGGUCAAGAGCAAGCCUCGUUUCGUGUAACUCAUGUUCCAGCUAAUUUCGGAAUAAAAGUUUCUUCACAGUGUCCAUCUACUACUGGUUCUGUACCUUCAUUGAAGUCAUCGAAUUCCCUCACUGGUGUUUCUCAUGGAUUUGAUAGCAGUACCAUAGCAUUAAAUGAACAAUCAUCUCAGAAUGUUAACCAAUUAAUUGCUCCCAGAAAACCUGUUGGUGUUGAUCAUGAUUCUGGUGUUUCUACUUCUCAUUCAACUCAGUCUGCUAUAACUUCCAGGAUGUCAAAUUUAAGUACUACUCCUAUACUUCAACGAAAGAAAAAUGCUGCUCCAAAACCACCAGUUCUUUUAAAUCCAACGAAUUAUUCAAUAACUCAUGUGAAUAAUAAUGAUCCUGAAAAAUCAGAAAAUCCCUCUGGCACUGACAUAGAAAACAAAAAUAAUGGUGAUAGUAACAACAUUUGUUGCAGUAGUCAUUCAGAAGUAAUAAUUCAUCAUUCUCAUCAUGAAAGUCUUCCACAAAUUAUAAGUAGCUCAACCACAAACUGCACAGAAUUAACAACCAUUAAUCAUAGUCAAAAAUUGUCAUUACCAUCACAAAUGAUCACACCACCAACUAUUCAUGAACCGAAACUGAAUAAAGAUCUACCACCUAAACGACCCCCACCACCUGAUGCUAAUUCGAAGUCGAAUAAUUCUACAUUAGAAUUAGAUACUGAUAAUGUAACUGUUAUGUAGAAUAAUCGAUUUGUGGUCAACUCCAAGUGUGCUUGUUUUUUUCUACUCAACAGAAAUUAUUAUCCAUAUCCUCCCGCUUUUCUCGAGGUUUUUUUUAAACAAUUAGAAACUGCCAAAUUUAUGAAAAUCCCUUGUAAUUGAUUAUGUUUAUAAUACUUCUAACUACUACUACUACUACUUUUGUCAUAUGUAAGUAGUAACAGUAGUUUAUUUAUGAAUAAAAUAUGUAAUUCAUGUUCAUUUCUCCUCUUCUAUCAUUUGAUAUUAGUAACUUUCGUUUAAAAACAAAUUCUCUAUCAUGAAUUUCCUGAUACAAAUCAUUCAUGUGUUUUGUUUUGUUUGUCGAAAGAAACUAUAAUAUUCCUAUUUAUUACAAUGUUGUAAACAAUAAACAUGCAUGAUUAUUCAUACAUAUGUAUCCAUUUGCCAACUUCAUCUAUAUUUAGCUUUAUAUUCAACUCUAAUGUUGCAACGGCGUAAGUGAACAAUGAAAAACAAAUUGUUUUCAAUAUUGUUUGUUGUAUAUGUGUGUGUGCAUGUACACACUGCACCAAAGAUUUCAACUUCCUUCACAAACCAACUUGCUUAUUUUUGUAUACUUAGAAAAACAAAGUAUGAAAAUUAUUAAUUUUCUUCAGUGGCCUAAUACAUUCCAAGUAUAUUAUUUGGUAUUCAGGUUUACUAGUUUGUUGUAUCAGUUUGUAAUAUUGUACAAGAAAGUUGUUGUGAUUCUUGUAAGUUAAUACAACCAUAUAUAACUUGUAAUAAUGACAGUUCGAAGCAUAUGCAUAUCAAUUAUCGUAUUAAGUGAUACAUUAUCUUUUGCCUGUGCAACAGGAAUCAGUAUCAACAUCACAAAUAGUCUCGUUAUAAUAUUAUCAUAUUCUCUAAUCUGUAUACACUAUAUACUAUUUUUAAAUCUGUAAUUUUAAGUUUGACUGCUUUUCUAUUUAACUUUUUGAUUCAUUAAUGACUAUUUCACUAUUUCCUGUGUUAGCUGUCACUAUGAUCAGAUGCUUGAGCAUAAAACUUUGAUUUUUUUAAUUCCUAAAUUACUUAUACUUGUUUUCCUGUUGUUACUUUCUAAAUCGUCUUCCAUUUCCUUUACGAAAUAAGCAAAAAAUGUUAUUUUUUAAAACAACCGUUUUUUUAAACAAGUACUAAGUAAACAAAAAUAAACGCUACCAGAGUAGCAAACACUGCUGCUACUGAUUGCUAUUGCUAUUCUUUAGCCGAUCGUAAUUACCUUAAUUUUUGUCGUUAGCUCCUGGAGUUCCUUGCACAAUUUGUACGGAUACAAUUAAUUGAAUUUCAUUUCAUCAAUUUUUAGAUGUUAGUAGUUGUUGUUGGCGUUUAUUGUUUUUAUGUAUGAUUAUUUUUUUUGUCGAUUUGUUCAACUGAAAUUGAUUUGAAGACAUUUUAAUUAAGUCUUGAAAGUAUUUUUCGCUUGAAUUUUAAGUGAGCUUUUCUUCUCGAGUCCUUGAUCUGGUUACUCAAUAAUACUCUAGAGAGAACUUGCUUCGAUCUUAUAUAAGGCUUUCACACUAUAGGCUAACUGAUUCAACCUUGGGGCUAGGAAUGUGUGCGUCCAAAUGGAACUCAAAUGGCCUUUUACAGUGACGAAAACUACCUGAUUGGUUGACAAGCGAGAGUGAAGACAAGUCAAAUAAAGCACUACUCGGUGUAUUUCUGAUUUGGAUUAGUGUAAAAGACACACGAAUAAAUAGAUGACUUACAUGAUCACAACGCACAAACAACUAGAAAAAUACAAUUGUGUCCAAGCUGGGGAUUACGGUAGAAAAAUAGAGUACAAAAGGUUACGUUUAAAUUACAAUAGUUUGGAACAGAAAACGGUAUGGCAGUGAGUCAUCCAUUAAACGAAAGCUUAUGGUUUAUAGAAUAGAUUUCUGACAAAAAUGAUUGUUCGUAUUUUAAAAUUUUGAACUGAGUGAAAUAACAUCCCACAAAAUAGCUACUGUCGUUUGCCAUGUCUUCUCUGUUUUUUGUUCACAUCAAGAGUCACUUGAAUUUUCUUUCACAAUUUAUUUAAGAGCAUCGUUAUAGUACUUAUAUGGUUCACAGCUGUUCUGUGGUAUCUAGUUUUUCUCUGAUGAUUUGGUGAUUUUAUGAAUGAAAACUUAUCAAGUUGGAAUUAUCACCGUUAACUAAGUGAAAAGUUCUGUUAAUUUAUUUCGUUUGUAUCGGAUGAUGAUUAAUUUUUUUCAUCAUUGUAAAAUAGUAACUUCUUCUUCCAAAUUACUAAACAGUAGUAGUAUUAUAGAAUAAAUAAUUCGGUUACUUGAUUGAAAGUAUUGUUAACAUCGAAUAUCAAGUAAUCUAUAAUGUAUUUUGGC